AUGUCUGAACAUGUACUUGGACCUUUUCCUACUCCUGCAACCUAUCAUCCAAUGGUUCAGGGGCUGAUGAACAUGAUUAAACGCAAUAAAUGGGAGGACAAAUUUGAGAAGGCGGUCUCUGACGCUUAUAAUUCAGGCGUCGAAGAAAUGACUAAUAUAAAAACUUUGGCUGACUACUACAAUUAUCUUCAUUACUUUUUGUUUUGGGUGCCUGUAGAGAAUAAAAAUGGAACUCUCGCUCACAAAAUGAUAAGCAUUAUGUACUAUGUACUCGAUCAAAAAUCUGUCAGAUCGCUUCAGUCACCCAUUAAACCUUCUUCGUAUCCACCACCACCAUUGACGGAGUUAUCGCAAUGGAUAGUCUAUUUUUCCUGUGCUUUAGGACAAUUUCUCAAUACACCUGAAUCACUUACCGAGGAAUCUCUACGGACUUUUUAUGAUACGGAGAGCUACACCAUGAGCAAUUACGAGGCUCCCAGAGGUGGUUGGCAUUCUUUCAACGAUUUCUUUGCGCGAAAACUCUUACCAGGUGCCCGACCCAUCGACAGCCCUUCCGAUCCAGCGGUCAUCGUAAGUCCCGCAGACUCGACGUUCAAUGGUGCCUGGGAUAUCAAUGAUGAUUCAAUUGUCGUUUUGAAAGAAAUCCCCUGGACCAUUGGCGAGCUGCUUGCAAACAGUCAGUACAAAGAUGAAUUUGUCGGUGGAAUAUUUAUGCAUUCAUUUCUUGUACCUUACAACUAUCAUCGUGUGCAUGCUCCUAUUGAUGGUAUAGUGAUCGAAGCUAAGGUCAUUCCAGGGCAGGCCUAUUGCGAUGUUACUGUUAAAAAAGAUGCCCAAGGUAAAAUGAUACUCAGACCUAGUCGAAAAUUUUUAAGAAAAGAUGAACUCGAUGUUCCGGAUCCUCCGGGAUAUCAAUUCUGCCAGGCUCGCGGUCUUGUUAUAAUCGAUUCACCAAAAGUUGGAAAAGUGGCUGUUUUACCAGUCGGUAUGGCUCAAGUGUCUUCCGUGAUCCUCUCUACUAAGGUAGGGGGCGAAUUGAAGAAAGGGGAUGAGAUAGGUUAUUUUCAGUUUGGUGGAUCUGACGUUUGUCUAGUGUUCCAAAAGCGGAGUAAAGUUGAAAUACUUGCUAAAGAUGUAUGGUAUGGCUAUUUCAAAAAGUGUUGGCGUUGUAAAGAAAGUAAAGCUCUUGUGCAAGCAAACACACAUCAAACGACUUAUGAAUUGCAAGAAACUCGAGCAAAAUCUAAAAGUUAUCAAUCACGAAAAAUUUACGCAACAUCAACAAGCUAUCAACUACAAGAAGUUUAUUCAACGCCUGAAUAUUAUUCUUGUCAAGAUGUUUAUUCUACACCAACUAGCAGUUAUUCACGAGAUCUUUACAUAACACAAAAUAAUUACUAUUCAGAAGAAUGUUAUAAAACGCCAUCAAGUCGUCAAACCAGAACCACUGGCAUAACUUAA